AUGGACAAGGCAUGGGUUUUCCUGCCAAGGAAUACUCUUGAGUACUCAGAAGGAGUGACUAAUUUCGUGAAUUCAUCAGCAAGAAGAUUAGGUAAUCUGUCUGAAAUGCUAUGCCCCUGUAGAGAUUGCCGCAAUUUAAGCCAUCAGUUAUUAGAGAAGAUUGUUGAGCAUCUAGUGAUUAGGGGUAUGGAUAUGAAGUAUAAGAGUUCUUGUUGGAGUAUUCAUGGUGAGAAAAGAGAUUGUACGGAAGAUAUUGCUCCUGGAUCUGAAACUGAGGCUUUUGAUUUGUUGAAGACAGCAUUUUGUAUAGGUGAAGGUAAUCCGAAUGACAAUGGGGAACCAAAUGAGGAGGAUGAAGCUCUAGAAGAAACUGAAUUCAGGACGAAGUUAAGAGAAGCUGAAACUCCAUUGUACUCUACUUGUGUGAAAUACACAAAGGUGGCAGCAAUCAUGGGACUCUACAGAAUCAAAGUUAAGAGUGGUUUGUCUGAGAACUACUUUGAUCAGCUGUUGGUUUUAAUUCAAGAUAUGCUACCUGAAGACAAUGUGCUUCCGAAGAGUACAGACGCAAUCAAAAAGUUUCUGAAGGUCUUUGGUUUUGGGUACGAGAAUAUUCAUGCUUGUAGGAAUGAUUGCAUAUUAUAUAGGAAGGAGUUUGAAAAGCUAGAAAGCUGUCCAAGGUGCAAAGUUUCAAGAUGGGAGAAAGAUAAGCACAGUAAUGAGAUGAAGAUAGGGAUUCCAGCAAAGAUCCUUAGAUAUUUUCCAAUCAAGGACAGAUUUAGGAGGAUGUUUAGAUCAAAAAGGAUGGCUGAGCAUUUGCGUUGGCAUUCAACAAAUGCAACUGAAGAUGGUACAAUGCGACAUCCUGUUGAUUCUAUAUCUUGGGCACAAGUGAAUGACAGAUGGCCUGACUUUGCUGCCGAACCAAGGAACCUUAGACUUGGACUUUGUACAGACGGGAUGAACCCUUUCUCUAUGCAAAACACCAAUCACAGCACAUGGCCAGUAUUGUUGGUCAACUAUAACACGCCUCCAACAAUGUGUAUGCAGGCUGAGAAUAUAAUGUUAACUUUGUUGAUCCCUGGUCCAUCAGCUCCUGGUAAUAACAUAGAUGUCUACUUAGCACCUUUGAUUGAAGAUUUACAAGAUUUGUGGUCUGAGGGUAUUGAAGUGUAUGACUCAUUUGCGAAGGAGAACUUCACACUUAGAGCCAUACUACUUUGGAGUAUCAGUGACUAUCCAGCCUUGGGAGUAUUGUCUGGAAGUAAAGUCAAGGGGAAACAAGCUUGCAUCGUCUGUGGAAAGGAUACUCCUUCUAUGUGGCUUAACUUUAGCCGUAAGUAUGUAUACAUGGGAAAUAGAAAGAGACUACCGCCUGGCCAUCCUUACAGAUUUAAAAAAGGGUGGUUUGACAACACUGUUGAAGUUGGGAGAGCUAAUAGGAUACAAACAGGUGCUGAAAUUUAUGAGACAGUAAAGGCGUUUAGGAAUGAUUUUGGAAGACCUCUAGACAAGGAAAAAAAAAGAAAAAGAACAGAUUUGGAAGAUGAUGAGCUGGUUGAAGAAGAUGAGUGUGAAGAAUCAAAUGAUCUAUGGCGGUGGAAGAAGAGAUCAAUAUUCUUUGAACUACCUUACUGGAAGGAAUUGCCUGUGCGUCACAAUAUUGAUAUGAUGCACGUAGAAAAAAAUGUCUCGGAUGCUAUAUUGUCUAUCUUGAUGCAAACUGCCAAGUCGAAAGAUGGUUUGAAAGCAAGAAAAGACUUAGAAGAUAUUGGAAUCAGAAAGCACUUGCACUCAGAGGUUAGGGGAAAGAAAACAUACUUACCUCCAGCAGCCUAUUGGUUAUCCAAGAAAGAGAAGGCCAUUUUUUGCCAAAGGUUAUCUAAGUUUAGAGGUCGUGAUGGUUAUUGUGGUAAUAUUGCUAACAAUGUUUCAGUUAACCCUCAUAAUAUAGGAAGUUUGAAGUCGCAUGAUCAUCAUGUGCUAGUACAAAACUUGUUACCAGCUGCGUUAAGAGGUUUGUUACGUAGAGGACCUAGGAUUGCUAUUACCAGAUUAUGCAAUUACUUUAACAGAUUGUGCCAGCGUAUCAUUGACCCAGAGAAACUCAUAACAAUGGAGUCUGAGUUUGUGGAAACAAUGUGUCAACUGGAGCGGUUCUUCCCUCCAUCCUUGUUUGAUAUCAUGUUCCACCUUCCAAUACAUCUAUCAAAAGAGGCACGUUUAGGAGGACCAGUCCACUUCCGCUGGAUGUAUCCCUUUGAAAGGUACAUGAAAAAAUUAAAGGUUUAUGUUAAGAAUCAUGCAAAGCCAGAAGCAUGUAUGGCUGAGGGAUAUUUAUCUGAAGAAUGCAUUGCAUUUUGUUUAGAGUUCCUUCAAGAUUCAGUACCAGUUCAAGAAAGAGUGAAUCGUAAUGAAGAUAUUGAGGAUGAUAGGAUGGUACUUCAAGGUCGACCUCUACAGAAGGGUAAACAGGUCACCCUUUCUGAUAAAGAUAGAGACAAUGCACAUCGCUAUGUGCUAAUGAACAUGGCUUGUAUGGAACCGUAUGUUGGGAUGCAUUUGGAAGAAUUACAAGCUACUGAUGCUCGAUGUGAGAAAAAUGAAACUUUGUUGUGGAAAAACCAUACAGAGCAGUUUGCACAAUGGGUUAAAACAAAGAUUCAUUCAGAUGCAACUGUAGGACAUUCCAAGGAGAUAAAGUGGUUAGCAUUUGGACCUAGAAAUGUUGCGCAAGCACAUAAAGGGUUCAUCGUCAAUGGGCAGAGAUUUCACACAGAUGCAGUUAAGCGGAAGACACAAAACAGUGGAGUCACUUAUGAAGCAUUUAGCAUGUGUAGAUCAAGUGCACGAGAUACAAGACAAGUAGCUGAUAUGCUUACAUAUUAUGGAGUGAUAAAGGAGAUUCUACUUAUGGACUAUCACAUGUUCAAAGUACCUCUGUUUAGAUGCAAUUGGGCCAACUCAGGGAAUGGUGUGAAAGAAGAAGAUGGCUUCACUCUUGUGAACCUUCAUAUGAACCAAGCAGCAUAUUUGAAAGAUCCAUUCAUUCUACCUUCUCAAGCGAAACAAGUAUUCUACUCUAGGGAAGAUGAUUCUUCAAAUUGGUAUGUUGUUGUGAGAGCACCACCUAGAGGCUAUCAUGAGUUGGAAACAGAGGAGGAUUUAGGUUCUGCACCUUUACCUAUACCAGAAGUUGAAGAUCUCGAUGGUGAACAUUCUGAUGAUGAUAGUGUUUAUGUUAGGGAUGAUUGUGAAGGGUUAUUAGUGGUUGAUUGA